CUGUCCUUGGACUACCGUAUACCUACCUUGUCUUUCUUUCGACGCACACCCCGUGAAUUCCGCACCCUGACUUCACUGCCCGCCGUGAUCCCUUGAUUUUUCCCCCCCUCGAAAGCCCUUUUCUACGAAAUACAGUACGGCUACUACCUCCCUUCCCGCAACCCCCAGCAUACCCAUAUCUCUCUUAGCUACAUCUGCCUGCCGAUCGACCAGUUGUGUUCGCCAGGCUCCCUGACAACCUACCCACUAUUGGUACCUACUUUUUGCGAAGUACCUAGCUUUCAGUUGUAGGCCCCGUCGAUCGGUUACUUGUCCGACACCUACUACCUGCCUUGCCUUGUUAAGAUCAACCAGUCGCCAACAGGGCUUCACCCCGGCUCAUUGCUUCCUUCCCAUAUCGGCAACUGCUCUCCCGUUCCCGGCUCGGAAGUAGCUUGUAUCGUCCAUACAUACCUAGCGGCCACUCUCGCAAUUCCUCCAUCCCCCUCACUACGCACGCACAUAAUCAGACCCAACUGUCAAGCCAGUCCCUUUGGCCAAACGCCUGACCGGAUACUCGCCUCCAAAUAAGUAGUAAGUGUGGAAGUUGAGCUGUUACUUUACUUCAUCUCUGCUUUUCUUGUUUUUGUUUGUGUCUUGUGAUUUGAUUGCCGCCGCGCUCGGCUACUGGUAGCCAAAGAGCUUACUGGCUGGCUGGAGGGUUGUGAUGUGAGGUCUAAAAGCAGCGGUUGAAGUACCUGAACAAUGGUGACCAUCCCAUCCUCCGUGUGAAGAUCCGCACGAAUCUGUCCCAGAUCGGCAUGAGCAUGGAACUUUCCCUUUAGUUGUUUGCGUCUGCCAAGAUUUUACAUCUCUGCGGUAGUUUAAGGUCAGAGGAGGAGAGAAGAAGAACAAAGCCGUGGGUCGGUGUGAAGUGUGCUUUUUUUUUCAUCUUUUUAUUUUAUUUUAUUUUUUUGAGCCGCUCACCUCCUGUCCUCUACCCCCUUGUCUACCUUACCUACCUCAUACCUUGUCGAUUCCGACCCUACAGCAUUCUAUUAUCGCUCCACUUGCCUCUCCUACUGAUCUCUUCUGGCAUUACAUUACAUUACAUUAUUAUAUUCAACCUGGUCACGCGCAUUCCCUUGACUCCAUCUUUGCCUUAGCGAAAUCGCAGUCUUUCCUUCCGACCCCCAAAAAACACACCCACACAUACUUCCUUACUACGCAGCAGCGUUCUGGUUUUUUUCCUCGUUAUUUUUAUCUGAGGCACCUCGAUCAACAUCAUUUUUGAGCUGCAAGUCAUUUCUAUAUACUUUUCUUUGCUGUACUGGACCAUUUCCAGUGAACUGUCACGCCAGUGCAGUGCAAGUUUGUAUACAUCAGUACCGGGAGGCUUGCUAGCAGAACGUACACGAUGUACUCUGUAAAAGACUCUGAAAAGUCCGAUCCCGAAGAAAACGCCGACAAGAUGCCCGACUUUGGAGCCCAUGUCGACAGCACGACCUUCGAACAGAUCCUGGAGAUGGACGAAGAUGAGGCCGAAAGGGAUUUCAGCAAACCUUUAGUCAUGGGAUUCUUUGAACAGGCAGAGGAGACUUUUGAAAAAAUGGACACGGCACUGAAAGAUCGUGACCUGAAAGAACUUUCGAGCCUUGGCCACUUCCUCAAGGGUUCAUCCGCUACCCUGGGCUUUACAAAGGUCAAGGACAGCUGCCAAGUGAUUCAGCAGUACGGACACAAGCUCAAACUAGACGGCACCGAGGAGCCGAGCGAGGAUGUGUGCUAUGAGAAGAUCGAAAAAGCACUUGCAGACGCGAAGAAGGAUAUGGAGAGUUUGAAGAAACUUCUCAAUGAGUUUUUCGUGAUCGACCCCUAGAUUCAAGCAACUUAAAAAGAAAGGCAGGCCUCGCAUUCAGUUGCUGAAGAGGUCGCUGGCACAUCCUGGAUAUCGCAUUUUACUUCCCGAAGUUGCAGCAUUAGAAACGAGGGCUGUUUCGAGGGAAGUACAGCGCCGAGGACCAAAGCUGGCAUGGCUUGGAGAGGGCGGGAAGGAGGUGGAAUGGAAUCAAGGACUCUAUGCGAGAGAGGGAGAGAGAGAGAGAGAGAGUCGUCAAUGACUUCUUUAUUUUGGGUGGCUUUACCAUUCCGUGAGCUCAGUUGUUGCAAUUCAGCGUCAUUCGUUUAUCCUUUGUUAUCAUUCAACCGAUUACAUGGCUCCAAGGGCAAUAUCAUAGUGAUACCACACACGGCCCGCCCUGAUUUCACGUCAACAAAUGGCGUGUUUCUUUUUUUGGGGGGCAACGAUAAUAAUGGUCCUGGGCAUGGCAUUGACUUUUUUGCUUCGCUCAGAACUUUAGGAUUAUAUUUGACUAGAACUACCUAGAUACUUAUCUUAUAUACUUGCCAAG